AUGGACCUGGAUCAUCCCCGGGGGUUGGCGCAGAACCAAGCUCCAGCAUACGGACAUCGUCAGCCACCAUCCCAGCAAAACUCAAAACCACCCGAUCAGCUGCCAGACCCCCGAUAUAGCGUCAUGGAUGCGCGGAGCAUCCCACGCUCGCUCGGCCCAGCAGCCUCCUCCUCCUCCUCCUCCCCCACCUCCACCCCGGGCAUCAGCCUCCUCCAGCAACCGCCCCAGCAGCAUUCAACAUCAGCCUCCUCAACAACAACACCGUCCGCCACCCCUACCAACGGAGCCACAUCGCCCCCCGUGGCCGCAACAGGGACCGCAGCAGUCCACGCCGCCGCCGCCGCCGCCGCGGCAGCUGGCAGCGCCGAACUCAGCCAGCAGUCCGCCGAAUCACUGGCCAACGGCAACGGCGACAGCAAUGCCAACGGCGAGAACUGGGCUUCGCGGGUCCUUCGGGAAAUGAGGGAUCUGACGCUGCUCCUCAACCCCGAAGGCCGCGUUCUCUAUGCAUCGCCUUCAUGCCCUGAGAUCACAGGCUUCGAGGCUGAAUCGCUCGAGCACACCAACUUUUUCCGCUUCGUGCACGAGGACGACAAGUCCUUUCUCACCCAGGAACUGAAAGAGUGUAUUGAGUCCGGUCGGCUGCUGCGCUGCCAUUUCCGCUUCUGUAAGCCCGACAGCAACUUCUGUCUGCUCGAGGCGCACGGCCAUGCACACGUCGCCGCCUCGGAUCCCACAUCCAUGCCCAGUGGUGCGGGUGCUGGGAAUGGUGGUCACAGCGGUAGCAGUGGUAGUCGUGAGAGUAGCAGCAGCGGCAGUAACGGCGAUGUCAGCAGCAACGGCAACCGCAGCAAUAGCAAUGAUAGUAACAUGAGUGGCAUCGGCACGAUACCUGGCCCAAAUGGUCACAGGGCAAUCCUGCACCCGCUAUCCCCGUCGCCCCCUCAGCAGCCACAACAGCUGAAGCCGGACCCCGAAAAGAAAUGCCGAGGAAUCUUCCUCGUCUGUCGCCCGUAUCCCACGAAGGGAGCCAACCUCCUGAAUUCCUUCCUCGAACAUAAGAUCGAGAACAUCCGCCUCAACCAGCGGAUUGCGCAGCUCAAGGAAGAAGAGGAGGAAGAACUCAACGCGACGCAGCAAUCGUUCAGCAGCAGUAGCGGUCACAACGACGGCAAAGACGACACCGCGACCCACGUUGUCCACACUUCGACCACCACGACCCGCCAGACCUACAUCACCACUACCGAAACCGUUACCAAGUCCUCCACCUCCACCACCAACCGCGCGGCGGCCCGCGAUACCCCCUCCACGACCUCAGGCGAGGAGAACGAGUCCUCCGACACGGUGACCAGCAGCACCGACGACGCGGACUCGCGCUCGUUCCCCGGCAUGGAAGGCGUGGUGGACCGCCUGCCGACGGUGGACGACAUGUCGCAUAUCGAGGGCAUCGAGGUCAUGACGGGUCUGUAUUACGGGCAGGGCGAGCGGUCGCAGGGCUUGAGUACCGGCCAGAAACACGGUCGGUUGGUCCACUGCUCGGACAGCGGUAACGAGUCCUCCGGGAACGAUCCCCAGGGCAGUCGAGCCGUCGGCGAUGGGGAUCGCAGGAAACGGCUCAAGGGCGAGUAUAUGUGUACGGACUGCGGAACCAGUGAUUCGCCCGAGUGGCGCAAGGGCCCCGAGGGUCCCAAGACGUUGUGUAAUGCUUGUGGAUUACGUUGGGCGAAGAAGGAGAAGAAACGUCAGGACCCCUGA